AUGCCAUCCACUGUCAAAGUCCGCGUGAAGGGUGGCCGGAAUCUUUCCGCAUCCUCCAGCCACUCCAAGUUCAGUUCGGGAGUGAGUAGUGGUCUGCGGAGUGUCAGUGCGCUGAUUGGCUCCUAUGUCAUCGUCACUUUAGGAGGUCACUACAAUAUCGCGGAUGAAGAAGAAGGAAAAGGGAAACAAAAGGUUCAUAGUACGAGAACCAGGAUUUGUCGACAGUCCAGGUAUCCGAUUUGGGACGAGGAUUGUCGAUUUGAAGUGGACGACAAGUUGCUUCAAGACGAGCCGCUCAUCUUUCGAGUUUGUCACUCUGAUUCUAUUGGUCAAGACGAAUUGAUUGGAUUGGUAUAUAUUGAUUUGAAUCCUUUGCUCACCCAAACAGCUAUUCGAUAUGAUGAUGAAAAUGGGGAGUCCAAGAUUGAUGGUUGGUUCCCUGUGUAUGAUACCCUUGGGGGGAUCACAGGAGAAUUGAAUUUGUCGGUCAAGCUCAACUUCAUUGGAGAUGAGAAUCCAUUUCGAGAUAGCUCUGCGGGGGUACAACUGUUGCAUAUCUCGACAUUGGACUCGGCGUCAGGGUUUGAAGUAACCCAUGUAUUUGGUUUCGUGGAAGAAUUAAUUGCCGCGGAUGAUGUCGAAUAUAAAUGGAGCGAAAACUUUAGGCGUGCCAGAGUCUCUCAUGAGUCAAGGCAAACUCUGCUCUACCUUCUUGAUGCCAGUGUGAGGAGAAAAAUGUGUAAAACAGUUCUGGAGCGAGGUGGCAAUGCUGUUCUUGGAUAUCAUCAGAAUUUUGACAUGGAAGGAGAUUCUGGAAUUGUGGCACGAUCCUAUGGUACUUGCGUGAGGAUUGAACGGAUUCAGGCAAGACCUCAGUCAAUGUCAUCGCUAGCACCGCAUACAGACAGCGAACGUGAAGAUUCCAGGCCUCCUCUUCCUAGACCAAUGCCAGAAGGUCACAAUCGUGUAGCUUCCUCAACAAGGUUCAACCUAAAUCCACCAGAAGAUCAGGAUGAUGAUGAAGUCGAGCUUCUCACCAUGACGGACUUCGAUCCUCGUGUUCGUGUCCGAAUCGGUGGUCUCGUGACAGCAAGGAGCAUCAAGUAUCUCGGAAACCUGGCGUCAAAGCUUUCCGAUCAGGAAACGAGAGACUCUUGGUGGCAAGAGCUUCGAGCAGAAAUCAGAUCUCACGCAAAAGUAUUAUGCUGCACUCAUGUCAUUGGAUAUCUUGAGGCUGUUACUAUCUACGAUGAUACUGCAAUCUUAUCCAUCACAGGAACGGCGUGUACCAUUCGAGGGCUACCAGAUCUAUCGCUUCAGAGGCAAAUUAACACUUGGCAAGAUCCUACCUGGUCGGGAGUGGAUGAUGAUAUUCUCAAUGACAAGUCAGGAAGAGGAGGGAACGAGGCAUUGGAACGACGGUAUCGACGCACUUCAGAAAUGAAGAGUCAGACUGGUGACGAUUCUUCAAUAGAGAAAGGUGCCGAGAUUACUCUCCCGCGCAAAGUACAUGGAAAGAGAGGAGUGAUCAGAGCAAGGGCAGCAAAACCAUGCAGUUAUGCACAUGUGCCGUAUCACCACAAACUGGCUCCAUUCCAAAACAUGAAGCUUGUUCCUUGUUUGUGUUGUGGGAAGAAAUGGGUACCAGAAUGCCUUUUAGCGACCUGUGAACCCCCUUCUCGGCUUCCAAUUCGAGGGUCUGGAGUGUUUGUACAGGCUCGUGUCUGCCGUUCUCGACAGCCUUCUACGGGAGAAAGUGAUGCUCUGGCAGUGAGUGAGGCGCUUCCCUUCUUGGAGUAUGACCUGGCUCGGCAAUUAAUGCUCAAGUUGAAAGUUUCUGGACGUAAUGCGGCCUUUAGCUUGAAAUCUGAAGUGGACGUUGGACGCAGCUUGAUUGUUGCCACCCUAACCGCUACCGCAGUAUACUGUAGUGCGAUGCCAGCACCUCGCGUUCUGGAGAUAUCAAGAACCAUUGCAGUUCAAGAUGAAGAGGAUCACCAACUCGUCGAACUUCAGAAUCAAAUUGAAAAAAUCUCCGCGCAAAACAGGCAACGGCUCUCGCAGGCUGCAGACAGGCACCUAGAGCGAAUCCGCAAGAAGUAUUCGAGUGCAAGACAAAACUCCCGACAGAAAUCUUGGGCUCGGCGUGAAGCGAAGUGGAAAAGAGAAGGACGAAAGAGAGAAAAGGAACGCCGCAAUAGCGAAGAUGACCUGCACUUGAAUGACGAUACGCCCCUUCCCAAGUCUUUGCAUCUCCAUUCCAGUCAACUGAGUACUCCUACCGAAGCUGUACCUGAGGGUUCUGAGCGACACGACCUUCUUGAUUCGAGCUCAUCGUCUGACAGUUCAACCUCCAGUUCUUCAUCGAGCAGUUCAAGUGAUAGCGAGAGUGAAAAAGAGUCGCCACAAAAGGAAGAGGCCGGGAAGAUGAACACGGAGUCGAGCGUCGGCUCUAAUCGUGACGAAAUGUCGGCAGAAGAUAGGGCGCGUGGCAAGCUGGCCCAGUCUUUCGAGACAGGUUUUGCUUCAGGCACUGACGUGAGCGGCCAUUUUGGUGGCGAGGACGAUUUGAUCAACAGAAACAGUGGUCAUCGUGGAGUUGAAACGAUCGUGCCUGGAGACUCGGAUGUAGACCUUGAUAUAGACCUUGAGGACCUUGACAACGCUGGACAGCUUGCUACUCGCAAAGGUCAAAGACGAAGGCGCCGAAGAAAGUAUCGAGACGAUAAGGCCCCUUUUGUCCUCGAAAUCGAUGACGAAACAGAUGAAGACUUUCUCAGUGUCUUGCUCGACAAAAACCUACCGGAAGGAAUCCGUAUGUGUACAUCUCAAAGCAUGCCCGAGUUUGGCACUGGCAUAGGGUCAAAACCACAUCAGCGCACUGAUGGUCAAAUAGUCAUGUCUAUGCUUCGGUUCCAAUGGGACAGUUCUGCGUUACGAGGUACAAGGAGCAAUCAAUUCUUCAGCUCGCUCUUCCAAGAACUGUUCGCCAAGUUAUGCUCUCAGCUGGCUAGCUACUCGCCAGCAAUUGUAUGUGGCGUCAGGACACAGGUGAAUCUCACUCCCGACGACAUGAUUGAAUUGAUUUGCACCGGAAAAGUUGUUCUCGAGAGAACGGGCACCCGCUUGGAAGCGAACGGUGACGAUUCGGACUCCUCUGUUUUGGAGGAACUAAAGCUCCGAAAGAAAGAGGAUUUGGAACAGCGUGAGCUGUCGAGAGAAAUCGAGAAAGGUGCAUUGCUGUUGACUUCGCCCACUCCGUCCAUUAGUCAGAAUAGAGCUACAGUGAUUGUGGAUAAGCUCAGUGACGAGAUGAAACAGCUGCAUCGCAGUCAAGCACACCAAGACGCCCAUGCCGUUCAAUCAGCCAGGGCGAAUACAAACACUGUCCCGCCAAUACCUCCGGAUUAUUCAUUCUCUGAGCCCUUCACUAUCAGCGAGUCAGACGACACGCCUCUGUCCCCGCGGUCUCCUAUGCAUUCUCGCCACAAGUCAGAAGGGCGCACUCGAGUAGCAAAUUCAUCACCAGCAGCGGCACUUGCACGUAUUCGGAGUGUUCCUAUUGGGCACUUUGCACCGUCUUUGAAACAGCCAUUACCGCCGACGGCACCAACUCCAACAGUAAUUGCGGAAGUACCCGUGGAAUUGACGCCACUCUAUUACAUCAGCGAUGCAAGCGUUGUCGAAUAUCUGGGAACUGUCUCGAUGCAUUUUGUGCGAGAAUCGAGUGGAUUGGAAGCUACUGAGUUCAAUCGUUUUAUUACAGAGUGUAAUGCGAUAGCCCGAGCACACGUGGCGUCACUCGGUGGCAAUGCAAUGCUUGCAUAUCGCGCGGUCCCAGCUGAGUCCGGUGGACGGGUAUACAAAUCGCAAGUAUACAAUGUGAUUUCACUGUCUGGGUGUGCCGUAAGGGUGAAAUACAGCCAAGCUGAGACUGCGAAUGGAACAAAUCGUAGCGACGCAGCUGAAAACUUUGCCGAGAGAAGGCGGAGAGCUUCCUCAACAUAA